ACUGGGCUACAAGACACCAUUAGCGGCGGUUCCGAAGCGCUGCGAAGAUACAGGCAGGAUGGCGACGUUGGGAAGGUUCGAUCAGUUCAUCGAGGACGGUGACGAAGAUUUUCAGUCCUACGUGGAGCGGUUCGACCACUUCCUGAAGGCCUCCCAGGUGAGCGACGACCUGAAGGUGUCAGUGUUCAUAACGGCAAUAGGAAAGAAGGCCUAUAAAACUCUGAAAACGUUGCUGGAGCCAGAAAAGCCAGAAAACAAGACGUACGCACAGUUAGUACAGACACUGAAAGAGCAGUACGUUCCCAAAACUUCCGUGAUUGCCGAGCGUUUCAAAUUCAAUCGUUGUUUCCAACAAGAUGGGCAAGCGGUGACAGCCUUCGCUGUAGAGCUGAAGCGGUUGGCGACAUCCUGUGAUUUCGGAACGUUUCUGGACGACGCUCUGCGCGACCGGUUUGUGGCAGGACUUUGUGACAAAGAAACACAAGCAGAGCUGCUAAAGACAAGCAAGCUGGCUUUUAAAGAGACCUGCGAUAUCGCUAGGAGUAUCGAGUUGGCCCGGAAAGAAAGCCAGGAUUUUCAGCCCAAGUCGGCGCAAGGAAUGAUCAGCGCCCUUAACCGCAAAACAGAUAGCGGGAAACGCCCACCACGCUGGAGAGAAGAAACUUCGGGGAUGCCUGCUGGCACCAGGGGGGCGGAACCACUGCACUGUUUCCGAUGCGGCUCAGAGCAUGAAGCAUCUAUCUGCAAAUUUCGCAAGUACCGUUGUCGGGUGUGUAAACGGGUUGGACACUUAGCGAAGAUGUGUAGGGACAGAGGUAGAGACGCUGCGAACGUGAUAGACGAGGAAAGUGACGCGGGUGAACAUGUGCUGUACAAUAUCUAUUCCUGUGAGGGGCGCACCAGACUCUACGAAAUUUGCCUGAAGCUAGAUCAGAAAAGUGUGCGCAUGCAGAUUGACGCAGGGGCGUCUGUGUCAAUUGUACCAGAGUCACUGUGCAAGAAAUACUGGCCCAGCCUACCUUUAGAGCCAUGCAGUCUUAAGCUAAAAACCUACGGAGGCACUCCGCUGACGGUAAAAGGGAAGCUAAACGUUUCCGUAGAGCACAAUGGUCAGCACAAGCAACUUCCGCUAAUUGUCGUGAAAACAAACGAGAGUACUAACACUAUGCUGUUGGGGCGAGACUGGCUGUCAGCACUGAAGUUAGACUGGGCUAGUGUGCAUGGGGUUUGCUUGGACAAAGUGGCGUUGUUGCUUGAAAAAUAUGCUAAGAUUUUUGAGCCUACCUUGGGUCUAAUUAAGAACAGGGCCAUUAAGUUAGUGCUUAAAGAGAAUAGCACACCCGUUUUUUGUAAAGCGCGGUCGGUACCUUUUGCAGUUAAAGAAGCAGUGUCUUCGGAACUGCAGAACCUCGUGAAAACCGGAGUGUUAGUACCUGUUCAGCAGAGUGAAUGGGCGACGCCACUAGUAGUGGUGCCUAAACCAAACAACCAGGUCAGGGUGUGUGGGGAUUUCAAGGUGACACUAAACCCAUGCCUAAGAACUGAUCAUUACCCCCUUCCCGUGAUUGAGGAUCUGUUUGUAAAGCUGGCCGGUUGCAAAUAUUUCACGGUGUUGGAUUUGUCCACUGCAUACCAGCAGCUGGAAUUGCAUCCCCAAGCGCAGUCGCUAGUCGUGAUCAACACGCAUUUGGGUUUAUUCAAGUAUACGCGCUUACCCUAUGGCAUAACGAGUGCGCCUUCGAUUUUCCAGGCAGUUAUGGAUGAGGAGUUGAAAGGACUUGAUCGGAAAGAGGCAUUCGACUGA